AUGGCGCUGACCCGGUGCAGAGGAGCAAAGGGGGAGGUGCACUGUCCUGCUGCUCACCCUCACAUCAGCCCUGAGAGAGGCCAGUGGGAAAACUGGUUUCCAACUGACAGCCCUGGACAGCCCAGGAGGAAGCCGCAGAGGGAAGCCGGCGGCACCUGGCAGCUUCCGGCGGGGCAGGCCCCCGGCCAGGACUCAGGACCCCCGGAGACCCCGGCUGCCCUGCACCCGCGCCCCAAGCCCCUCCCUUACAGCGGGAGCAUGGACCAGCCUCUGCCACUGGCCCCCCUUGGGGUCCUGGACGAGCGCCCUCCGUGUUGGGGGCCCCAGGUUCCUCAUCCGUAA